AUGGCUGCAUCACGGGCACUACAAAUUGGAGAGAUCCUCCAGGAGACCUUCAGCUACUUUCCCCCUCCGGAACGCAAGGCACUGGCACGUUGGAGGCGCCCAAGCUGCGAUAAUACGCUCGCAUCGUGCGGUCGGGUCAACAGGACGUUCCACAGCUUCGCGAUGGAUGUUCUCUGGAGACGCAUGUUCGAGCUCUGGCCUCUACUCAGGGUUUUACCGGCCUGCCAGUGGGCGAAUGAUGAUGAUGAUGGAUCAAAAUUGGGCCUGUUUGGCAGGCUUCAUCCCGACGACUUGCAUCGUUUCCAGCACUACGCUCGCAAAAUCACCGUUCUCAACUUGUAUGGAGACUCAGUGUUCGAUUCAUCCAUACUCCUCUGCCUAUCCAGAGCGUUGGGCGAUCAACCACUACUCCCCCGUCUUCGAAUACUGGAGUGGAAAGGGUCUUCCGAUCUGACUGACUACCACAUCCUCCACGUUGCUUCGCCCUCGCUCCGAACCCUCACUCUCGAAUCCAAUGCUGCAGAACCCACGAUCAUCUCGCCGGCGUCGCCUGUUGCAGUCCCAUGCGAAUUCAUUUUCGAGGCGCUAUGCGAGCGAAUCGCUGCUGCCGCACCACACCUUGAAGUAUUAUCACUGACGGCGCUGGACCGUGCACCGUACUACUUUGCUCCCUUCGCCAAUUGUCGCAGCUUGCGCACAGUCACCAUAUACGGAGGAAUCCUCAGCGCAAGCCAUUGUGUGCACUUGCAAACACUUUCCUCUCUGCCCCACCUAUCAAAAUUAAGUGUGGGCUCUUUCAAUAUGGUACAAGACGUCGUCCCUGGGUUUCAAAACUUCGAUGCUCUCCGAGAGCUCUCCGUGUCGGGCGGUUCCACAUCUAUCGGUCACGUUCUGACGGCAUUCGCAUCAUUAAAUGCUGCUAUACGCAGCCUGAAAAUCGACAUCGAACCAUCCUGUAGUCUUCGAACCGUUGGAAAGGCUGUAGGGCUGAUGAACAUCGUCAAGUCGCGUUUUAGCUCAGUGCUGGAAGACUUCACACUAGACGGUGUACCACUUGGGUGGUCCGGUAGCGCGGCGCCACCUUUGGAGCCUAUCCAACCACUCCUCGAUGUUCGCAACCUACGCACGAUCUACUUUGUGUGUCACUCAUACCCAUCCAAGUUGUCCGAUGGCGACCUCUGUAUGAUGGCUACAGCGUGGCCGGAGCUUGUCUCGCUGACACUGUUAUGGCAGCACGAUAGAACAAUGGGCGUGGUGACACCCUCUCUAGCCUGUCUGUCGCACAUAUCAAGGUCGUGUCCACACUUAAAAACGCUGAAAAUAUCCCACAUGACAUUGACGUUUACGGGAGGCGUCGACACAUACCCAGUCCUGUCACAUCGUCUCAGCCACCUCUACAUCGAGAAGAGCGCAUCCGACCCUCAGGAUAUUUGCGUCCUGGAUGUCGCAUUGUUCCUCGACCGGCUCUUCCCCAACCUCGACGCAAAAUACCUACGGGACUCGUGCACAAAAGUGCAUAGAGUAAGCGACGCAAUGGUUGCAGCGUGGAUUCAAGUGUGCGACCAAGUCCGCGGCUUUCAGGCGGUCAGGAUGCAGGAGAGGAAGCGUAUCGCGGAGAGCAGUGGUCGGUGA